AUGACCAUCAUUACCCCACUGAACUUGGACCAAUCCGUCGCCAGCGGUGCCUCGCCUAAAAUAAUCAAGAAGCUUGAAAAGAAAUACGCCAAGGACGCGAAGCGUGAGGGCGAAGACGUCAAGCAGGUGCUGAAGGACGUGCAGAGCAUCGAGAAGGAGAAAGCCAAGGCACAGAAGGCGAGUCGCGCCUCUAUCAAGGCGGAGCAGAAAGUCGAGAAGAUCAAUAAGCUCGAGACUGCGACCCAGAAAGUGCUCAACAAAGCCGUUCAUCAACACGAAACCGCAGUUGUCGAAUUGCAGAACGCCGAACGCGACGCGGAGCUGAAACGCCAGGAGGAUAAGAGAUUGGCAGCUGAGCUAGAUGCGAAGAGGGCUCUUGCCGCCGAAGCGCUCAAGAUGCAAAUCGAAAAUGCGGAGGGACGCGCGAACCAGCUGCGCGAGUUGCGUGGGGAGGGUACGACUACACCGGACUCGACACUCUCUGAGACCUCAUCACACUAGCCAAGUAUCGACCACGAUGUAUCACAUGUCUAUCUUCGGAUCUCACAAUGACUCAAGUCUAUUUCCUCGG